UGCAGUAUUCUCGUAGUCUCAGGAUAACUGUGAAAUUUGAGUUGUGUGACCGUAACAUUAUAUGGAUGAGAAAUGAAGAUAAAGGUGUAAUGCAAGCCCGUCAUGGCGGCGUGCUGACGGCCAUGCAGCAGACGCCGCUGCUGGUGGAGGUGCGAGGGCUGGCGCUGGCCGGGGGCCACCUGGUGCUGCCCGAGGACAAGCACCGGCGCGACCACUGCCCCUGCCCCCCGCAGCCUUCCCCCUCGCAGCCCGUCGCCCUGCCGCCACUGCACAGGCACCCGGCGCCCUCGCUGUUCCCCUGGACGGCGGCCACGCAGUCCGCGGAGCUGGACCUGGAGCGGGUGUCGGCCACCCAGCGCCGCCUGCGUGACUCGGGCUGGUACUACGAGGGCAUGUCGUGGCGCGAGUCCGAGGUGGCCCUGCGCCGCUGCGCGCCGGGCGCGUUCCUGGCGCGAGACUCCUCCGACCCGCGCUUCCUGUUCUCGCUGAGCGUGCAGACCGAGCGGGGGCCGACCAGCGUGCGGCUGCACUACGUCAACGGCCACUUCCGCCUGGACGCGCAGCCCAGCAUCGCGCACUACAUGCCGCUGUUCGAGUGCGUGGUGGCGCUGGUGGACUACUACGUGGCGGCCAGCAGCCAGCACCGCGCGCCGCUCUCCCCCGCCCGUCGGCAAGCCAUUUACAAGGAGCAGGGCUUGGAGCACGUGUGGGUGGACGACCAGGGACACGUGUACUCGCACAUCCGCCUGGCCGGCCCGCUGAGGCACCGGGAGGCUCCGCCCUCCCUGGGACACCUCGCGAGGCUCGCCGUGAACCGCUGCCUGCGUCGCCCCUUCCGGCCGGCGCUGCCCCCUCCCCUGCCGCUGCCGCGCCCCCUGCUGCGGUACCUGGACGACUACCCCUACUGCUUCUGAGGCGCCUGCCCCCUCCGUCGUCCCCCGUCCCUCCCGGGCUACGUCUUCCGUGAAGACCCCGGCCGCAUAUGGGACCACAUGAGCGAAUUGUAGGCAUUUUACGGGUGUGGAAUGUCGGGGGAAAAAAAAAACUCGCGGGUUCAUCACGACGUGAUCAGCCGAGCAAAUCAUUUUUCAACUGAGCUUUACGAAUAGCAGAUGACAGCCUUGUAUUGUGUGAAUCACUCUCGGUCAGCUUGUUCUCGUUAGAACUCUUUAUUUUGUAUACCGUCGUUGACUGUUUGCAGUUUUUUUUAAGUUUUACCGUGUGUUGCGUUUUUAUAAUGCCAUGAAAUAGUGUCUUAUUUAUCAGUAUUAUUACAGUUUUAGUGUGGUCAUUGUAAAUGCUAAACAGUUAAUUGUUAUUUCGCAGGAGAAACUAUUUCUAUCAGUCAGUCGCUGUUAAUAACAAGUCAUUCCAUUAAAUUAUAUACUAUGCUCGAACAGAGCCAAUAUUUUUUUAUAUAAAUUGUUAUAAUGAAAUUUGUUGAAAAGCAAGAUCUCUUUAGUGGUAAAAAUGUAAUAUUAUCACGUGAUGUCAUUGACAAACAAACAAGAAUGAAAAGAGUAUUUAAAAAAAUACAGUAUUUCAGAUACAUUUUAAAUAUUUUUCAUUACAUUUUAUAGUUUUGUUUAAAUCUUUUGUUCUCUCUAUGGCAUUUACACGGUGUGAUUUAGUGUAAGUCCUUCUGUAUUUGUCUCGCGACAUCUGGUUCACACGACUGAACUCGACACUCCCAAUACUACCAACCUCGAGGCAGGUCAACGUUCACAACACCCGGCGACAAGGCACACGGAAAAGAAACGAGAACGGCGCUAAUGGCAGAAAUUGUGCAUGCACAUAGCAAACUAGGAUGAGACACGCGGUAGUCAAUAUGUCGCGACAAAGCAGGGUACGAAACACGAAAUGCAACACAGAGGCCCCAGUUCAGGUAAUUAAUAAGGUUAUUUUUAAUGCUUGGGUUCAAACUAAUGAUGAAUAAUUACAAUUUAAAUGUUUAUAUGAUUCAUAGAAAACCUUCAAAGUUAUGCAUAAGCAUGGAUCACGUUUACAGUUAUGAUCAUGGUAAAAUACAUGAUAUAUUUUUUUAAAUUGUGUUGUUUCAAAAGGUGUCAUUGAAUAACACAAACUUGUUUUCCCCUGGAUGGCUCAGCCACGUCUUGACUGCUGGGUCGAAGCCACAUCCGCACGACCGAUUGUUUGACCGGCGCUUCAGUUGCCUUGUCGGCUUUGAAGAUGGCUCCGACAAGGCGUGCCGAAACUCCCCGCAAACCACCAACUGUGCGGACAUGGUCUCAGCCCAGAGUACGAGAUGUAGUUGUUGCGGUCGGACUAGCGGGUUUCUGAAGCUCUUGGAGCCGGUUCGCGAAGGCAUCAGUGGUAGCAGACAUGGACCAAGUCAAACAGCUCACGAACCCGACAGCCAGGAAAGUACUCUGAAUGCACGUUUGCAGUGUAUUUCUUCCUGUUCAGCACUGUAUGUAUUGUUUGUGCCACUCAGACUUCGGCAGCUACGGCACAAGGGAUCUUGCAACUCGGAACGGCAGUCGUCUCGCUAACUGGGCGUGCGUCGUUCUCCUACGAGCGGUUGGGACAGGCGGGCUGAGGAUUUUAAAAACCUCAACCGGCAAACUUGCCCAGAUCCUACUGGUCACUAACGGAUACACAGAAAGUAGUCCCCCUGGUGCGUGAAAAGCAGGUGAUGGAAUGCCUACGUUCUUUGCUCCAACACUCGCCUGCAAAGCGUCAAAUGUACAGUCACUGACUUUCAAAUUUUAAAAAUUGUAUCCGUGGUUGGAGACACGCGAAAUUCACCUUAUUUUUCAACAUAAAAAGCCUUUACUUACGUAAACUUGACAUUGUGCUAUGGUUUAUGUAACUGACGCACUUACGAGCAAUUUUAUUUUAUUUAAGUUGCACAUGAUUCUGACAGGUUUUGUUGAAUAAUUUCAGUUAUACAGAGAUUUGAAGUGUUAAUUUGUCGCAAAAUAAUAAUGUGGAUUUUUCCUGUCUGUAACCAUGUUAAGAGGAGACUGAAAGAAAAUAAUUUGUAUUCACGAACUGUUGUGAAACUGAUAUUACCGUCUUCAUUCUCAACAGAUGGAGCUACAAUUAUUUCGCUGAUUGAUGCUAGACGCAACUUGCUUAUAAGUGAUCAAGCUUUUUUUUUGAAUGCUCAUUGGUGAAAACAUCACAUUAUUUUGGCUGGUCGUACGUGAUUGGAUAACCUCUCCUUGUUUACAAUCGGCCCAGCGUCGUCAAGAACACUGAAGUACAGUCAUCAACGUGAAGCAAAUGUCAGGUGCUUCAAGUCUUCUUUGCUACCCAGUAAAUCCAUUAAAUAAUCGUAGCUCCAUCAUCAGAAUGUCUAUAGCUCUAAUUUAUUUAAAUAGUUUUAUAUAAUAUUUAUUUAUAUCUAAUUCAUUGUUAUAAGCCUCACAGUUGUUCUGCAGAAUUAUAAAUUAUUCUUUUUUUUAAGUACAUAUUAUGGUUUUAAAUAAACAAAAAGUAUUAAUUUCAAGUGUGUGUGUUUCUUAUGUUGUUGAAUGUAGAAUUUCAGAGUUGAUCCACAAGAGCAUUGUUUAAGUUAUAAUGGUCCUUAAAUACGUGAUUCUAGGAGGAGAUUCGAACAAUGAAAUUCAUCCUUGGUAUUGUUAAGAUGACUUUUUUCUGAAAAAAUUAACUAUUUAUUUUUCCCCCCACUUAUUCUAGGGGUAUCAAGUAAUAACCAACAGAAUUGUAGGCCUUUCCAAAAUUAUUUAUGGAAUACUUUUAAGUUUGUUUAGUAGCAACUGUAAACUUUAAUUUUAAUUUUUUAUCUUUGAUUUGUAGUAUACAUUUUUAAAAAUUAUAUUUGGAA